CAAAUCUUCAGCGGCAAAUCUUCAUAGCGGGAGGGAAACUGCAUUCGGUUCCCCAGUGCCCUAAAGGUGCCUGCUGCGUGUAUACCUUCCAUUCAUCUACAAUUCCAAGAAAUGUAUCGAAUUUAAUGACGGUGGCAGCUCGCAAUAAUAGUAACUACGACGGCAAGAAGACUAAUACAAAUUAAAACGUGCGCGAGGCGACAUAACAAAACAAUGAGGAACAAGGCUAAUGUAAAUCCUGGUGUGGCGUUCAGCACAAAAUUUCCAAAAAUAUCCACUUCGGAACCACAACAACAACAAAGCAAAGGUGUCGGUCAGGCGAAGAAUUCAAAGACUGACACUAAACCCAUCAACGCUUGUCUGAGCGAAGUGGUGAAAAAAAACGCUAGACGAACGGCCAUUGAGGAAGAACAGCUGAGAAAAGAAAAAGCUAUCGAAGAACACUGCGUCAAGCUGAUUGACAGCCAGAUAAGAUCAGUGUUGAUGCGCCAGUAUAGAUUAUCAUCCAGAAUCAACAGUUGUGCCAACAGCGACAGAUCUAGACAAGAGGAAGAGACCGAGGGAAAGCCAAAUUUUGUCCAUCAUUCUAAAAAACACACAUAUUUGAAUUUCUGUGAAGGGAAAUCAAAACAACCCAUUGCAGGUGGAAACUCGAUUGUGUCUAGAUUCCCACCAAUCCAACAGAAAGCUAUCGUCAAUAGGUCGUCAUAUGAUGUACGUAUGCGUAAGAGGUCCAGUUUGCUGGCGGACCAAAGAUAUACAAAUUUGCACGAAUCUUUAGAACCAAAACGCGGUGAGUGUUGGAAUGAAGCAUCAGAGGAAAAGGAACAGCGAGAAUAAUGUAAAGACUUAUCUACAUUUGUGAGUGUAGAGCACACGAAGAGUAAACAUUGCCCCAGUUAUAUUACUGCCCUCUACGUUGAUUUUUGGUUAGGGGGUCACUCCUCUAUUGCAUUAUGAGAGGAGGGACGACGGUAUUAGUGGACUGGAUACUAUUUCCAAGAAUGUAUUUUUUUCAGAAAUUGGGAUAUAAUUAAAAUGGUUGAAUAUUGUGAAUGAAUACAGGCACAAAAA